AUGUUUCUGAUGAUGAUACUGGUGCUUGCUUGCAGUGCAGAACAAGAAAUAAAAGCAAAUCCAACUGAAUUGGGGCAAUUUGUUGAUUUUGUCAAGCGAAAUAAUCUCCAUUCUGCGAACUUCUUCAACGGAUUAAACUAUUGUGUUUCAUUUGUUACUUUGAUGUAUGAGACCAUUGGUUAUGCUCAAGGUGCGUUAACACCUCCCAUCGGAGUUGAAGGUGCUAUAGCAAUUGGCAUCAUCGUGUAUGAUGGCUCACUUGGCUCGGAAUCUCAAGCUAUGGCUGCUGUGAAUCAGUUCUCAUUGCAGUUAAGUCGUAAGAAUCAUAAUUCACAUUAGACUAAGAUAUUUCAUUCCUUUCCAAAGGCAACCAUGAAGAUAUUUAAAAACUUUUACAUAAUACAAUCACUUAUUGCUUCUCAUA